AUGCUAAGGAAUAAUUUAGGCAACAGUUCAGACUCUAAAAAUGAAGACGGCUUGGCCUUUUCACAGACUGAACACAAUAUUGUUGCAGCUUACUUGAUUACGGCAGGUAUGAUAAGUGUUCUCAGCAACAUAAUAGUUCUGGGCAUCUUCAUUAAGUACAAGGAGCUUCGGACACCCACAAAUGCAAUUAUCAUUAACUUGGCUGUUACUGAUAUAGGGGUCAGUAGCAUUGGCUACCCCAUGUCUGCUGCUUCAGAUCUGCAUGGAAGUUGGAAGUUUGGAUAUGCAGGAUGUCAGAUUUAUGCUGGAUUGAAUAUCUUUUUUGGAAUGGCAAGUAUUGGAUUGCUCACAGUUGUGGCUGUGGAUCGAUACCUGACCAUCUGCUGUCCUGAUGCAGGAAGAAGAAUGACCACCAACACUUACAUCAGCAUGAUUCUGGGGGCCUGGAUCAAUGGCCUCUUUUGGGCUUUGAUGCCUAUUGUUGGGUGGGCUAGUUAUGCCCCAGAUCCUACUGGGGCCACCUGUACCAUAAACUGGCGGAAAAACGAUGUAUCUUUUGUUUCUUACACCAUGAUGGUUGUUGCGAUAAAUUUUAUUGUGCCCUUGAUAAUGAUGUUUUACUGCUAUUACCAUGUCACUCGAUCCAUUAAACAUCAUGCUACUAGUAACUGCACUGGGUAUCUCAACAGAGAUUGGUCAGAUCAGGUAGAUGUAACAAAGAUGUCUGUGAUAAUGAUACUCAUGUUCCUGGUGGCGUGGUCCCCUUAUUCCAUCGUGUGCUUAUGGGCUUCUUUUGGUGACCCAAAGAAGAUUCCUCCCUCAAUGGCCAUCCUAGCUCCACUGUUUGCAAAAUCUUCUACAUUCUACAAUCCCUGUAUUUAUGUGAUUGCUAAUAAAAAGUUCCGGAGGGCGAUACUUGCCAUGUUCAAAUGUCAGACUCACCAAGCAAUGCCCGUGGCGAGUAUCUUACCAAUGGAUGUACCCCAAAACCCACUGACUUCUGGAAAAGUCUGA